UAUUUUAAAAACAAGAAAAGAAAAGUGAUCACUUAGACCAAACGAAUGCAGAGAAGGGAACAAGGAAUCAGCAUGUCAUGACAAGAAAAUGACAAAACGAAAGGAGUGGUAGGUAGAAGCAAACACAAGCAGGGAGAUCCCUAUUUACUACAAUGAUGCAGCUAUAGUUUUAUUACGUACUAGUACUAGUACUUAUCUAUCUGUAUGUAGGCUAACAAGACCACCCGUCUCUGAGCUGACCCAAAACAAAGCCAAAUACUUUUUCCAGUUAUCUGAAUAUAAUCCAUAUCUCGUGGCAAAUAUCCCUGCAAAAGCUGCACAUAAGCUUCACAACACACAGACCCUGUUUCACUAGGCACAAUAUCGAUUAACUAUAAAUAAAACGCCAUUAAUUCCCAUGUUUCCACGAACCCCACAACUCUAUUCCCUUUAGUAACUUAAUUACUCUUAACAAGCUACAAAAAUGACUUUGGAUGCGAGUGAAAGAAGAGCAACCAAACAACAAACAGGUGGUGUAGUAGCAACAGCACAAGAACCCGAUCAACAACUGCAAUGCCCACGUUGCGACUCAACCAACACAAAGUUUUGCUACUACAACAACUACAACUUGUCUCAGCCCCGUUACUUCUGCAAGUCAUGCCGUCGUUACUGGACCCGUGGAGGCACCUUACGUGAUAUCCCUAUUGGUGGGGUUAGCCGCAAAAAUGCCAAACGCUCCCGCAUUUAUCCCAGUACACCCGUCUCUCCUCUCGUAACAUCCGGUAAUUCUCCGUUCUUGCUUCCUCUGAAUAUGAAUGGGAAUAGUUUCACUUCUUUGUUGAGUUCUCAUGGACAUGGUGGUUUAGCACUUGGUGGUAUUGAGGAUAUGAGCUUUGGUACUGGAAGAACUGCCGUUUGGCCAUUUCCUGGAGCUCCCGAUUCAUAUGUGCGUAAUUUCAAUAAUGGUGUAGGAACCAGCAUGUGGCAGCUCUCUGGUGGAGAGGGAGGGUUUGUUGGUAGCGGAGAUUAUUUUAAUUAGUUUGUUAUGAAAGUGUGUUAGUUUUAUGUAACAGAGUAAUUGUUUUUGUAACUUAGGCUAUGUAGGUUUUUAAUGUUGUUAUAUCUUGUCAUCUUUCUACAUCAAAGAUUUGCAAACUGCCGGAAAAAAAAAAACCUUGCUGUUACAAUCGACGUCUAGGAAUUUGUGGUAAUGACCAGUGGUUUGCUGAUAUUUGGUUUA